AUGUACAAAUCCAUUCAUGAAAAACGUGAUUACACCGUUUAUUAUGAUUUGGGUUGUAUAACCGCUGUUGAGCCAGGAAGAUUCCGUGAACGUUGCGUAACUGGUGUUGUUGCUGAAGGCGGCGGUGGCAAUAACGGGAAACCACCGGAACCAGCACUGCUACCACCACUUCCAUCUUCAGUGGAAGUUUUUGGUCUCUGUGCAUUUGUCGAAGACUUCUUCUAA